AUGGCUCUACAUCUAGGGGGAAAAAAAAGAGUUCACAGUGGAAUGAUUUGCAAAGAAAUUGAUAAUGAGCCCGUGGCGGGAUUCGCGGUUGGGCUGGCCUACUAUGGGAUACCUUUGGGUCUCGGGAGCUUGCACUUCAAUUUAUACAUAAGCGUCGGACUGAAUGCCUUGUCAGGUCUCCUGUCGAACCUGACUCUGCUUUUUGUGAUUGGGAAAAUGAGGCAGAAGGUGCUUAUGGGUGGGCUGUGUUUGUUGAGCGGGAUUUGCAAUCUGGCGGGCGUGUUCGUGUGGCUGAAGGGGUGGAAGAUUGGGAUGGUGCUACUCUUUUAUUUCUUGGGCGGGCAUGGCAUUCAACGUGCUUUUGGUGUACGCCAUGGAGAUGUUCCCAACGCGCGUAAAAACUCUGCUUUCCCUACGAACACGCCCGCCAAGUUGCAAACUCCGCUUAUUAAACACAACCCACCCAUAAACACCUUCCGCCUCAUUCUCCCGAUCAAGAAAAGCAGGGCCACGUUUGACAGGAAGCCUGAAAGGGCAUUCAACUCGACGCUUAUGCAUAAAAUGAAGUGCAAGCUCCCGAGGCCCAAAGGCAUCCUAUACUAG